AUGGACCCAGGGCUUGAUCCACCGGCGACUGACGAACCAGCCGUUCACAUAGCUUAUGCAGCGAACCCGACCCCAAGCCAUGCCGUUAUCCACAACCACCCACCAUAUGCUGAGAUGAUAACGACGGCAAUAACGGCGUUGAAGGAAAGGAAUGGGUCGAGUAGAACAGCCAUAGCGAAGUACAUAGACAAGGAGUACUCAAACCUGCCACCGAGUCACUCAGCCUUGUUGACCCACCAUUUGAAGCGGUUGAGGAACACGGGUCAACUCGUCAUGGUCAAACACUCUUACAUGCUCCCUAGAUCUGUUCCUCCUGGUAACAAUGCCAACGGGUAUGCUCCUUCUUCCGAUGGACCUAAACGUGGGCCUGGUCGUCCUCCUAAGCCCAAUCCCAAUGCAAAUCUUGAGGCCCGUAUUAAUCCUGGAGAAGCUGGGUCUGAUGUGUAUCCUCCAACAGCUGGGCUUGAGGCCCAUAUUAAUCCUGGUGUUCUGGGGUCUGAUGUGUAUGCACCAGUAUCUGGGCAUGAGGCCCAUAUUAAUCCUGGUGUUCUUGGGUCUGAUGUGUAUUCUCCUUCUUCUAGCGGUUCAAAACGUGGGCCUGGUCGUCCUCCUAAGCCCAAGACUAAUACUAAUCAUGAGGCCCAGNUCCAGUAUCUGGGCAUGAGGCCCAUAUUAAUCCUGGUGUUCUUGGGUCUGAUGUGUAUUCUCCUUCUUCUAGCGGUUCCAAACGUGGGCCUGGUCGUCCUCCUAAGCCCAAGACUAAUACUAAUCAUGAGGCCCAGAUUAAUCCUGGAGUUGUUGGAUCCGAGGCAAUGUUGUUUUCGCUUGGGCUUGUUGAUGGACCACCACCUAUGCUGGCUAAGAGAGGCCCAGGCCGUCCACAAAAGGUUAAGACUAGGUUGGUGGGCGUAG